AGAUGGUCAAAAUUGCUUGCUUUUUCCUCAAGCUACUAGAAAGAUCGAAUUGAUAGUGAAAUAACGUCUUCUAAUCUAUAUGUAACAAAAGGUUCAGUGUUUCUGACUUUUCCCAACUUGAGAACAUCAGACAACGCCUUAGAGAAGAAUCUGAAGGAAGAGCCCUUCAAACGCUUUUUUAUAUGUACAGUAGAACAAUGGAUUUAUUAAAUAUUGAUGCUUUUCCCCACCUCAACAACGUGAGAACACGCCUAAGGGAAGAAUCUGAAAACAUGGUCGUUCAAAUGGAAGAACUUCAGCUAUUUGAAUGUCUCGCAAACAGUGUCGAAUUCACCUUAUCCAGACUGCAAGAUCAUAACAGUGGCAAGGGCAAGGCUAAAGUACCAAACAAUAUCAGAUAUUACAAAACAUCAGAAAAUAUAAAGGCAAGCGUGGUAGACCUUCUAAAGAAACACCCCAAACAGUUACAGCCUAUAUUAAAUAUACUUGUAGAUAAUGUGCAUAUGCAAGAAGAACCGAAAGACCGUGAACAGCUGUUGUAUGAAAUGGUCAUCAGAGAUUGCAGAAUGGGGUAUAACUACCAGAUUUACGUUAAAUUAUUUCUCUAUGCAGCCGCUACUUGCAUAAAUACGCCAAUAUACAUAUUAGAAGUAAAUGAAAUCGGAGAUUUACAAUGGACAUACUAUCAACCGUUAUUUAGGUUUGAAGAACAACCAAGGUGUGUCAUAAAGUAUUUGACGAUGUACAUGACACAAAUGAAGACUUUCUACAGAAUUGAGCAGCAUGAUUUGUCAACUCCAGCACCAGUUGCAACUGGUAUUCUUGGAAUGUAUUUGAAGAUGUUAAAAGGCAGAACAAUACGUGCUAUAGAUGUACCAACUGUUUUACUGGACUUGCCUGAGCAAUCAAAAUUCCAGCUAUGUGGUAGCUGCAAUACAGAUAUUGUGCGACAAUGCUGCGAAUUGUUUAGGGUACUUGGACUAAUACAGAUGGAAGACUUUCGUAGCAUGACUGCACACAGAGCUUCUAGGGACACAUUUCUACGUCUUAGUAGAUGCAUUUCAAGUUGUGUGUCAGGUUUUGAUAAGCCGACGGGAGAAGACUAUUCUUGCACCGUACGUAGGCAGAUGGGAAUCUUUCGUGUCAUCUUGCGAUUAUCUGAGGCAGUUUCAAGCUCUUGUUGCCCUUGAUAAUGCUAUUUAUAGUAGAAACGUCGCAGUUAUAGCUUUUGGAAAUUCCUGUCUUAGCGGAGGUAGAGAACUCGACGAGAGAAGAAAAAA